AUGACUUCUACCUUUUUCUCAGCCUCGGUACUGGCUUUGCGUGCAUCGUCACUCAUUUGUCUAUUGUUACCGACCUGCCCAGACGAUAAUCAAUGUACAUUCAGUUCCAAUGGAGCCGACUUCAAAGUCAGUUGUGCAACUGACUUCUAUGGGGGCGACAUGGGAAGAGUCUACGCCGCAACAGUUAUCGAUUGCAUGAAGACCUGUGCGUCUACAGAUGGAUGUGUUGCUUUGAGUUAUGCAGGCACGGAUUGUUACCUGAAAAACACUCUUAACGCUGGCUCAGCCAAUAUGGGAGUGACUGGUGCGAGUAUAAUCUCUCGCGUUACUCCAAACCCUCCCUCAAGCUCACCAGCGGGGCCGCAACAGCCUUGUCCGGCUUCCGUUAACUGCCCUGACAACAAUGGCUGUCUCACUACCGACAGCAGCAAUGGCCGCUCUUUGACGCUGAGUUGCGGUGUAGAUUACUAUGGUGGCGAUUUCAAGAUGGAGUGGACUGAUGGACUAGAAGCCUGCUCAGCCGCAUGCGCCAUUACUCCCGAAUGUGUUGCAGCAUCAUUCGUCGGCAACAGUGGCAGCAGCGGGCCAUGUUAUCUCAAGAGUAGCAACCUAGGACCUGUCAUAGAUUCUCGUGUAAACGGUGAGGAUUAUCUACGGCAGACGUUUCAUCCAACAGAGUGA